AUGGUUAAAGCAGUCUCCAUCGACUCUUCUCAUCAUUAUCUGACGGGCGACCCCGAUCGCACUUAUGCCCUGAAGAUUUUCCACACAACAGGUAACCAGGCUGAAGACUUCAAGAGAGAAAUCUGUAUGCUGGAAAGGAUAUUCCACGAAGGGCAUCCGCAUCUUGUAACACACAUUACAGGUCGGACUCAAAAUCAGGAGCAUUAUAUUCUUUAUCCCAGAGCCAUACGGAAUCUCCGGUCACAUAUGAAUGGGCACGAUCCUCCAGCGCACAACAGUGUCAACGUUGCUUGGCUCUUGCGACAAUUCCACGGGUUAGCCAGUGCCCUCCGAAGCAUUCAUGAGAUGAAAGAAGAAACGCCAACAAAUCCAAGCCAGGCGAGCUCCUCGACAAUAGCGGUAGAAAGCCAGAACCAUUUUGUGUUCGGCUAUCAUCACGACAUCAAGCCAGAGAAUAUCCUUUUAUUUGAACAUGUGAAAGAGAGAAAUCCGAUGUUCAAAUUGAGCGACUUUGGUGCCCGGCGAUUCCACUCAAUGCCCAAGAACAAUUUUGACAAGAGAAUCCAACAAGGUUCAGCCCUGUGUGGCACUCUCGCUUACUUCUGCCCCGAAUAUGAACAACCGAAGAGCCGUAAAUUCGACAUCUGGGCCUUAGCCUGUGUGUACUUUGAAAUGAUGAUGUGGUUUUGCCUGCCAGAGCGUCUUGAGGAGUUCCAUGUGAAACGGGUCGAACAAUCGCGCCAACGUUCAGAAUGGGAAGAUGACUGUUAUUGGCGACUCGUACCCGGUACUAAAAUUGCAGAGCUGCGUCCCGUGGUGGACGAGUUCUUCCGCCAUCUGCAAAUGCAGAUUGUAAAUGAUCCAGAGGACAUCGAGGGGCUUUUGUCCAAAGUGUUGGAUCAAAUCAAAGCGGGCUUCACAAUCAAUCCCGCCAAGAGACCUACAAUUGAGGAGCUUUGCAGCGAGUUCGACAAUCUCCGUGUAGAGGCGGAAUUGCUGGUCUACCAGACCGAGCGCGACUUGCGAUCACAACCUUCUACCCGAGGCAACAGCCCAAGCAGCAGCAAGGGCUCAGACUUGGACGAGUCUACUCGAUUCUCGCCAACUCAACGGCAUCACACUUUUCCAGAAGACCAAACAUCGUCUUCGUAUGACCGGUGA